GAAAGGCAGCGCGUGAAGGGAGGGAGAGAGAGAGAGAGAGAGAUACAAACAUACUGUACAUCGACACACGAAAAUCACGACCAGAACGAUGGCGGAGGAAAAUAUAUUUCUGUUUGUCCCAAAUUUAAUCGGCUAUGCCCGGAUCGUCCUGGGUUUGUUAUCCUUCUAUCUGAUGCAGUGCUGUCCUGCUCCUGCGGUGUUCUGUUAUCUACUGAGCGCACUGCUCGAUGCGUUUGAUGGACAUGCAGCCCGAGCCCUUAAUCAAGGCACUAAGUUUGGAGCCAUGCUGGACAUGUUAACCGACCGGUGUGCCACCAUGUGCUUGUUGGUGAACCUGUCGCUUCUGUACCCGUCCUAUACAUUUCUUUUCCAGUUAAGCAUGUGCUUGGAUAUAUCCAGCCACUGGCUGCACCUGCACAGUUCUGUAAUUAAGGGAGCAAGCAGUCACAAGGCCAUUGACUUGUCUGGCAACCCCAUCCUCAGGAUCUAUUACACGUCCAGGCCGGUGCUGUUUUUCAUGUGCAUGGGGAACGAGCUGUUUUAUUGUCUUCUCUACGUGAUCUACUACAUCGAAGAGCCACAGGUGUGGCUGCAGUGGCUGCUGGGAGUGUGUGCUGUGGUGUCUCUGUUGAAGUCGGGCAUCAGCGGUCUCCACCUCAUCACCGCCUCCCGUAACAUGGCUGCCAUCGACCUGGCCGAGCGUGAAAGCGAGAGGAGUAAGGACAAAUGAUGGAGGCAAAAGGGAAGAGUAUGAGGGUUGUGGCUUUAUGUGGGGAAGAGAGUAAGUGACCAAGAAGUUGGUGAAAUAAGGGAAUAAGGGAGAUGUGAAAGUGGAUGUGGGCCAGCGUUCAUCGAAAUGAAAUGCAGGACCAUUUGCAUACUGAGAGUUUAUUUAUUUAUUCUUAGACUGCUUGAAAUAAUGUAAUUCAUGUAGCAGCAAAAUGCUGGUGUUUAAACCUAAAUAUUAAAUGAAAUAUUGUUUGCGGCUGACCCCUUACCUCGUUCCCUAAGUAAAGGUUUGGAUGUGUGUGUAAAUCAUGUACUUUAAAUUGUGGGAAAGUAGAACAUCUUGCCAUACCCCCAACCCUGCCCCUUCUCUCUCUCUAUCUCUCACAGACACUAUAUACACACACAGUAUAUGCCGAAAUAUACAGUACUAAAAUGAAAAGACUGAAUGAGUUUAUUUCUCCUGAAAGAAACUAACACGCACUAUUAGCGUAUUGAUUUACCACUGUAUGCAUAAUGCAAGUGUUCAAGGUGUGUGUGUGCGUGCACCACCUCGCUGUAGACUGUGUACAUAUCGAUCACGCAGAUUCUCAACCAGGAUUAAAACCCGGAACUAAGGACGCUGCAGACUCUUGCAAAAGGAGACGAUUUACUGGCGUAAUGCCGGCACAGUUCUUCACUGUUUUAACAGUCGAACACAUUUCCCUUUAACAUUCCCCAUCAGGUGAGGCAUCAGAUGGUGUGAGAUCAGGGGAAUGGGACGGCUAUGAGAAGGAAUGUGUUCAGCCAUCUUUUUUAAACCCGCUGUUUCCAUUCACAAUCGCUUCUGUAAGAGCGGAAAUAUUACUCAACUAUAAAUACUCUUUCCUUCACUGAGAGACCCAUUUCUAACAACUACUACACAACACAACUUCCUUUUCACUGCUGUGAACACGUGUCUGGAGCUUUACCCCAUUAACAAACACAAAUGCGUGUCUGAGAUGUGUACGAUUCGGUACUGUAUAUUUUGGCACAAACCGUGUGUAUAAAAACUUUUUGUUUUAUUUGGGUUAUUUCCUGAUUUUUUAUUUCUGUUUGUUAGUUUAUUAUUGCUGUUUCUAUACUUCUACCAAUCAUGAUGUAGACCUUUUGCAGACACGAUUACAGUGACGUUAGUCUCAACAGCAGAUUGCAGAAGUACCGUUAAACCGACAUUAGGCUGUUGUGUAUUAUCAUUGAUAAUUACAUUCAAGGUGUUUUUCAGAACCUCCUGAUUAUCUACUGUAUUACCUGAUGCUUUGUCGCAGCUUCUGUUCAGCUGAUUACUUUCAUAUUCAGUAUGUCAUAGUGGACUUCAGCUUAUUCAAAAGGGAAUUUGUUUGAUUUGUUAUCAUAAAGUGAUUACCUCAGACAGUUUACAGAUAUGAAAAUCCUUGAUUUGGUGGCAUUUGUUAGUGAUGGCGUUAGUAUUUGCUCAUUCAGUGCUGCUGUUGCAAAUGAGAUGAUGCUAUGGAAUAAAUAUACUGUGCUUUAUGCUUUUUAAAAUAAUGUGCAGGUAAUGUUAAUACUGACAGUUCAGGAUUUUUAAUUUAUAGCUAACUAACUGUUUUGGGGUUCAAUCCCAACUAGCGUAAAAUAGGCAUCUAAUGCACUCUGUAGGUUGUUAAAUCCCAUGUUGCACACACCAAGGACUAGGUGUUUGGAAUUCAGCUUUUAGCUAGAAGCUAGCUAGCUUUGUAGCUCAAGUGUAAAACACAACAUGAACGGUUCAGAGGCAGUACAGAACAACUUGGAGUAAGUCGAGUCAUGUAGGUUUUUUAUUGUCAUUCCAACCAUAUACCCAAGAAGCAGUUACUAAGAACAAAAAGUGUUGUUUAAGUGCUCCUGUGACUGUUUCAAAUGUGGGUUUUGGCACCGGCAUCCAGUAAGUCGCAUCCCGUUGGGGGACGAUGGCAGGCAGGCGUCAUGAUGUCAGGUGCAAAAGGUCUAUGUCAUAGUGUGAAUUGCUGAUACCACACAAAUUUCUGUAUUCAUGACCACACAACCCCAAAGGAUCAAUACUCCUCGUCAACUGUAUCCUAAAGGAAUGUAGUGAGUCAUGGUAAGAGUAUUUUUGUCUAUGGUCGUACUCUUUGUACUGUACUAGCUGGUAUGGCAAUAAAGAUAUCUUUUCACAACUGGA